UUUUGUGUUUGUGUCACGUGUUCUUUCUGUUCUCGUUGCGUUACUCAACUUUCAAAAUUAUUUCUCAUUAAAACUCUUCGUGUUUGAGUGAGAGGAAUUUUGAAGCCUUCUUACUUCUCACUGGCUCAAGUAAUUUAUAAAAAAAUUUAAUAAAUAUCUCCUCAAGUUUCCUCGCUGUCCUUUGAAGUAAUUUUUUUCAUAUAAUAACUUUGAAUUUGAAGAAAGGGACCAAGAAAAAUGCGUGAAUGUAUCAGCGUACACGUUGGACAAGCUGGUGUGCAGAUUGGAAAUGCGUGUUGGGAGUUGUACUGCCUGGAACAUGGCAUCCAGCCCGAUGGACAGAUGCCCAGUGACAAGUCUGUUGGAAAGUCCGAUGAUUCCUUCAACACUUUCUUCGCAGAGACUGGUUCAGGCAAACACGUGCCCAGAGCCGUUUUCAUUGAUCUAGAACCGACCGUUGUCGACGAAGUGCGUCGGGGCAAAUACCGUCAGUUGUUCCAUCCUGAGCAGCUGAUAACAGGCAAGGAGGAUGCAGCCAACAACUACGCCAGAGGUCACUACACGAUCGGCAAGGAAAUCAUCGACCUGGUGCUUGACAGGAUCAGGAAGUUGGCCGACCAAUGUACUGGUCUUCAAGGCUUUCUCAUCUUCCACAGUUUCGGAGGAGGUACUGGAUCAGGAUUUACCUCUCUUCUUAUGGAAAGGUUGAGCGUGGAUUAUGGCAAAAAGUCGAAGUUGGAGUUUAGCGUGUAUCCCGCUCCGCAGAUAUCAACGGCUGUCGUCGAGCCCUACAACUCCAUCCUCACCACCCACACUACUUUGGAGCAUUCGGACUGCGCCUUCAUGGUCGAUAACGAGGCCAUCUACGACAUCUGCAGGAGGAACUUGGACAUCGAAAGACCCACGUACACCAAUUUGAAUCGUCUCAUUGCUCAAGUUGUCAGCUCCAUCACGGCUUCCCUCAGAUUUGACGGAGCUCUGAACGUCGAUCUGACUGAAUUUCAGACAAAUUUGGUGCCAUAUCCUCGUAUCCACUUCCCGCUGGCUACUUACGCUCCUGUCAUUUCGGCGGAGAAAGCCUACCACGAACAGCUAACAGUAGCUGAGAUAACCAACGCCUGCUUUGAACCUUCCAACCAGAUGGUCAAAUGCGAUCCACGUCACGGAAAGUACAUGGCUUGUUGUCUUCUUUACAGAGGGGACGUUGUGCCGAAGGAUGUUAACGCCGCCAUUGCCUCCAUAAAAACAAAACGAACAAUUCAAUUUGUUGAUUGGUGUCCAACUGGAUUCAAAGUUGGAAUCAACUACCAACCACCAACAAGCAUCCCCGGAGGAGACCUGGCGAAGGUGCAGAGGGCAGUCUGCAUGUUGAGCAACACGACUGCGGUUGCAGAGGCCUGGGCUCGCCUUGACCACAAAUUUGAUUUGAUGUACGCCAAGAGAGCGUUCGUCCAUUGGUACGUUGGUGAGGGCAUGGAAGAAGGAGAGUUCUCUGAAGCUCGUGAGGACAUGGCUGCCCUUGAGAAGGACUAUGAAGAGGUUGGCAUCGAUUCAACCAACGGAGAUGGUGGUGAGGAGGAGGAGUAUUAAACACUUUACGAUCUGCUAUCAGACGCGUCUGUCUACUCUUCAACAAGUAUUAUUCAUCAACAAACUUCAGUUACUUAUUUUUCUUACAAAUUGAAAAGACAUUAUAGCUGUAACGUCUUUUAACAGUUUUCUGUUAAAAAAAUAAGUUCAAUUCUGUUUAAUUAUGUAUCUUUUGCUUGUUUUUUUAUGUCGUGUGGUGAAAUAAAUAUUUAUUUCACAAUUUAAUUGUUUGAAUUGAAUACAUGCAUCCACAAAUAAUGUAAGGCUUAUUUUAUAUUUAUGUUUUUGUCAAGCCUGUAAUGAAACAGUCGUAUUAGCAGAUAACGUUUCGUCGUUGUUGUUGUCUUCCGUGGACUUUGGUUUGCUAUAUUCUUUCUAAAAAAAAUUUAUUUUCUAUAAAAUUAAAUA